AUGUUGAGAGAAAUUAAGCCUCGCAAUGCCAGGACGGCUCGCAUAGUCAAAGCACGAGAGCCACAGCAGAUCGAAUCUCGCAAGAGAGUUCUGCUAUUACAUGGCAGCAAGUGCCCGCAGCCUGUGUCUUCAGUGCUCAAGACUCUCCAUACUCUGACCAAACCCGACUCAGUCCUCCUCAACAAGAAGAACAGCGACAUUUACCCCUUUGAAGACCCUGCUUCUCUGGAAUUUUUGGCUCAAAAGAAUGAAUGCGGUGUGGUGGUGUUUGGGACACAUUCUAAAAAGAGACCGAACAACAUCAUUUUGCUCCGGAUAUUUGAUGGAAAGCUCCUCGAUAUGGCAGAACUCCUGCUCACUCUGCCACCGGACCAGCCACAGAAAGAGGAGAAGCUACAAAUUGGCGUAGAGAUGAAGCCCAUGAUACUUUUCUCUGGAUCGCAAUGGGACGACACUUCGUCUUCCGAGCAGGCUACACUCUACCGGACAAUAAAAUCUCUGAUGCUGGACCUAUUUCAAGGCGAAGAGAUCUCCUCAGUGGACGUGGCUGGCCUACAGUACCUUCUCAUGAUUGCCGCUGGUGAGAACUCGGAUGGUUCGACCGACCUCAACGAUCCCUCAACCAAGCCCAUUCUCCACCUUCGAUGGUAUCGGAUCAAAACCAUGAGGUCAAAUAAUGCCAAAAUCCCCCGUGUCGAACUCGAUCAAAUAGGACCCAGCUUCGAUUUUCGAGUCGGCCGACUUCGUGAAGCCGAUCCUGGAGUUAUGAAAGAGGCAAUGAAGCAUGGUCGGCGACCGAACGAGGCUCGCACAAAGAAGAAUAUUGAGACUGACCUGGUCGGCGAUAAGAUUGGUCGGGUCCAUCUUGGAAAGCAGGAUCUGAGCACACUACAGACAAGAAAAAUGAAGGGCCUGAAACGAUCACGAGACCUAGAUGAUGAAGACGUGAACGGCGCUGGCUCGCAGGACGAUGCUGUCAGUCAAGACGAGGACAUGGCCGACGGGGGUAUGGAACUCGAUGAAGACUUCUCGGAUGAUGGCAGUAGCUUGGGAGGGUCGGGCGACGAAAUCAGUAUAGGUGAGGACGAAGAUGAAGAGAUGGGCGACAGCGAGCAGAACGAAAAACCGAAGCGACAACGUAUUUCAUGA